AUGGCUAAGGAUUACGCUUCUGGUGCCAUGCUUUCUCGCACUCAUGGACAGACAGCCUCACCCACAACUUUGGGGAAGGAGCUGGCAAUUUUUGCAGUCAGAUUGAGCAGACAAAGGCAUAGAAUUUCUCGGGUGGAGAUAACGGGAAAGUUUGCUGGUCCUGUAGGAAAUUACAAUGCUCUUUUUGUUGCAUAUCCUAGAAUCAAAUGGCCGCAAAUUGCUAAAGAGUUUGUAACAUCUCUUGGAAUCGAGGCUCAUGAUUAUAUGUCAACACUUUUUGACAGGUUUAACCGAUUCAAUAACAUAUUGGUUGACUUUGAUUGUGAUAUGCAACGCUACAUAUCAUAUAAUCGGGAAAUUCUAGUGUGCUGUUUUAUGGACAAACCAAUCUUGGAUGAUGUAGUGAAAUGA